AUGCUCGCUCGCUCGCACGCUUCUCCUUCUCCAAUCCUUCUCCCGCCCGACCCGACCCGCCGACCCCCUCAGUCUUCCUCGUCGGAGCCCCGCCUUCUCCCCCCUAAACGACGCCGUACUCCAGUUCCGGUCGCCGGAAAACUCGGGCACGAUUUACCGGUGAAUCAGUUCUGGAAAUGGAAGAGAAGAUGGAUCGGUGAAAUGAAUGGUGGCGUGAGCUUUGACUGA